AGCGUGCACGCGACUUACAACCUGGUGCUCAUCGACCGGAACAAGAGUGCUUUCAUAAGGAACGGCAUGAUUCCUUUCAUCAUACACAUGCUACAUGUCCCUGAGAUCGAGGUCGCCAACUUGGCCACUAACACUCUACUGGAGCUUUCCUUCGGCAUUCAGGCUCGUUGGAUCUUGCGGCCGGUGCUGCUGAUAUGGCACAGACACGUGGCCACUGAGAAGGAUGCGAGGAGGAAGAAGUCCGAGCCCAAGGGCCUGACGGACUGCAUUGACUUCGCUCCUCCAUUUCACCCUGUGCUGGUCGAAUCUAUCGCUGAGCCUCAGCAUGAGCUGGAGACGCACGAGGCUGCGAGCGAAGGAGUCUUGAGCUGGCUGAAGAGGUUGAUCGAAGAGGGAUGUGAGGUCAACGCCCGUGACAGCAGGGGGGCAACCGCUCUGCAUUUCGCUGCUCUCAACUGCCACCUGCAGGUGAUGAAGUACCUCCUCGAUGAGGGGCUGGACGUCAACGUACAGGACUCGUCUGGCAGCACGCCGCUAGCUUGGCUUGAGCUGGCAGGAAACAUCAAGAACGGGAAGGAUUAUCAACGAUGGCCUGCUAAGGCAAGAGAGGCGUAUGAGUUUCUUCUCGACAAGGGAGCCCAAGCAAGAUACAUCCCUGUAUACACCAACACUGUCUGACUUGUUUCAUGUUGGUUCGAUAUGUAGAUUAUUGUAAAUAUUGCUAUAAUUUGU